AUGGCUGAAAAAAAGGACAAUAUCAGGUUUGAAAAUAGAAAUCCUGAUGAAAUCUUGGUUAAAGUUGGUAACAAGGAAGUCCCCUUGUCGAAACUUUCAAAACCACACGCUGUUGUCCAUCCAGAAGAUCAUCAGCCACAACAUAAGGAUCCAAACACUUUUCCUGAUGUAGAGCCAGAGGCAAAGCAAAAAGAAGAGCAAAAGGCAUUUGACCAAGCUAUUUUGGAGCCUGGAAAGCAAGGCCAAAAAUUUGAUGCUGACUCAUUUCCAGAUGUUGAGCCAGAGGCAAAGGAGAGAGAAGAAGAAUUGGCUGCUGCCAGAAUCAAGAAGAAUGAUUAG